AUGCCGACACUGGACCCACCAGUCAGCCUGUUCCAUGGUCCAUCUCUGUAUAACGCCUCACCUGGUCACUGUAUGCUGACACUGGACCCACCAGUCAGCCUGUUCCAUGGUCCAUCUCUGUAUGACGCCCCACCCAGCCACUGUAUGCUGACACUGGACCCACCAGACUGCCUACUCCAUGGCCAAUCUCUGUAUGACGCCUCACCCAGCCAUUGUAUGCUGACACUGGACCCACCAGUCAGCCUGUUCCAUGGUCCAUCUCUGUAUAACGCGCCACCGAGCCACUAUAUGUUGAGACUGGACAGACCAGUCAGCCUGCUCCAUGCCCGAUCUCUGUAUGACACCCCACCCAGCCACUGUAUGCUGAGACUGGACCGACCAGUCAACCUGCUCCAUGGCCCAUCUCUGUAUCACACCUCACCCAGCCACUGUAUGCUGACAGUGGACCCACCAGUCAGCCUGCUCCAUUGCUAA